CGUCAUGCACAAGGUAGUGUGUGAUGUAAUUUCACUGCAGAUAUAAAUAUCGUCGACAAGGGAAAAGAAGCAUGGCUGAGCGGGGCUAGCAUUCACGGUCAACAUUUUUUAACUUUUGUGAAAAAGAAAAACAGCUUGGACACAAGUCUGAAGUGUGGUCUCUAGAGAGGAAACCCACUGAGCGCGACUUAAUGCAGCUCACUGGGGCUGACAGUAGCUCUUUCCGCGCGUAAGCUAUUUUGGCAUUUGUGCGUCUUUUUGGCUGAGGGCAUAAAUAUAGAAAAAGCCGGUAUUUUUAGUCUUCAACUCCUUCAGACACUCACCCGUGUCCAUAAUGGUCAGAAGGAUGAGUAUUCAGUCGGCCCUCUUACCAAUGCUGGUGUUGGGACUUAUGACAAGCUCAGUGCGCUGUGCUCCGCUGCCCGGCAGGCAGAGCAGCCCCGUGGAGCGACACUGGGAGACACUCUACUCUCGUUCCUUUUCUCGAAUCCCUGGGGAAAAGAGGGACAUCAGCAGGGACAGUGAUUAUCUCACGGGCAUUAAAAGACUCCGGCGUCUCUACUGCAAUGUUGGCAUUGGGUUUCAUCUCCAAGUAUUACCGGACGGUAAAAUUACCGGCGUGCACAACGAAAACCACUACAGUCUUCUUGAGAUAUCUCCGGUGGAGAGGGGAGUUGUGACACUGUUUGGCGUCCGGAGCAGGCUAUUCGUGGCAAUGAACAGCAAAGGGAAGCUUUACGGAUCUGCGCACUUCACGAGCGAGUGCAAAUUCAAAGAAAAGCUCCUUGCAAACAAUUACAACGCGUACGAAUCGAUGGCACAUCCUGGGAUGUACAUUGGACUGAGCAAGACGGGCAAAACAAAAAAAGGAAAUCGAGUAACAACUGCCAUGACGGUGACACAUUUCUUGCCUAGAAUUUGAGCCCAUUUGGAGAGGGGCAAAUCUCAGAGCGAGCUGGGGAAACUCCGGGACGAUGCACUUUCUGCAGAAGUUACAUAUGAGGUUGUGUGUAUCGUGUCAUGUAUGUAUAUAUUAGACUAUUUAUAACUGUUGUUUUUAAUUUCAACGUCCUCUUCACCGAGAUGGAAAAAACAAUUUAUUUAUUUGUUAUUAAGUUAUCCUCGUUGCUGCUACCACGUGUUUCUAUACAAGUGAAAUUCCUCCGAUAUGUACAAUAUGUUUUUGCACUGUUUGUGUUGUUCUACAACCGUUUUGGAGAGGUGACAUUUGUCCCUCAUUGAAAAGUAAUAUAAAAAGUCUUAGGUCAACUCGUUAAGGUGUAUCAACCCCCAUAGUAUUAGCACUGGAGCAAUUGUCCAAUGUCUGGGCUCCUUUGUGCAGAGCUCGGGCCUAACUGAAGCAGUAUCGGCUUACUCUAGCUUACUGAAGUUCUACCCCUUCAAAUCUGUUUUUAGCUCUGCUGGGGGUUGAACUUUGAACUUAUCCGCAGUCAAUCUCUGUCACAUCUCUAGGGCUCCGUAUAGAGUGAGACGAUUUCUUGAACAUACAGAAAAGAAUUUAAAAAUUCAAAGGCAUGGCUGUGCGCUGCAAUGCAGGCAAUGCAGAUCCUGUACCCCGAGCCCCUUUAAAAAGACAUACCUUACAUCGCCAAGUUCAAAUAAGUCUUUUACUGCAUACGUCAGGGGAUAUCAGUCAUGUCGAAUAUCAGUGUUCUUCUACAUUGUGGCAACACAAAAGACAGUACAGUGUUGUGGUUUGCGAGUAACCUUAGAGUUCACGUAAAAGAAAAAUGCCACAACCUCCACAGCGAGUUUUACUGCUCCUUUUCUACCUCAUGCCGUUUCCAACUGAUAGUUUCCAACUCAGCUGACACCAAAGGUUUAGCUCGACGUUCUUUUUUUCCGAGGCUACUGACACACUGAAGUUCUGGCGGCCACUGCGUCCUAGUUGCGCCUUAUCACGUUUGAGAUAUUUUACCCUGUGAUUUACUUUUAGAAAGGAUAAUCAUGUUGGAAAUAUUUGCAGACAGCUGUUACACUAUACUAUAUGCUAAGUAACCCUAUAUUUUUCUUUAUAUA